AUGCAGGCACAAAACCGAGGAGAUGUAUCGUCCGGUGAAGAUGAUGACGAUAUUCAGCGCGGAGUCGAAGGAGGCAACGCAAAGAAGCGCAGAGUCCAGAGGGCGUGCGAUGUCUGUCGUCGCAAAAAAGUGCGAUGUGAUGGGGCAACCCGACCUGGGAAUCGCUGUAGUAAUUGCGUCGCGUUUAAUUUUGACUGCACAUACGUCGAAGCUGCAAAGAAGCGAGGUCCCCCAAAGGGAUAUGUCGAAAGCUUAGAAAAUCGACUGGAGAAAAUGGAGCGUCUGCUUCAGCGACUCUGUCCAGGUGCAGACUUUACUCAGAGCCUUGGUCAACACCUCACGCGAGAGCAAUGGGAGGCCCACGAGGCGGGAAACCAGCGUCCCGCCCCAAACCCACAACCCGACGCCCCCUCCGGCAACGUCCUGUCCGAGGAGGACCUCAUCAGCUCGGACGAAGAGUCCAACCUUGUAAACGGCAUGCAAAAACUCGCAGUGACGACAUUUGAACGCCGGUUCCACGGUAAAAGCUCGGGUUUGAUGCUCGUCAAGGCUGCGCGCUCGCUCAAGCAGGAAUACGUCAACGCUGAAAAUCCGGACAACGGUCAGUCCCAGCAGAGUCGCCGGCCUGAAUUCUGGCGCGCGAACCCCUGGGAGUGGAUCGACACUGAGGAUCCGUUGUGGAAAGACAAGGUCCAGCCCCCGCCGGACGACUUGCGCGAUGCGUUGAUCGACUUGUUCUUCAAGCACGUCAACGCCUUUUUCCCGUUGCUUCACCGCCCGUUGUUCGAGAGCAACAUCCGAGAUGGGCUGCACUUCAAAGAUUCAGCAUUUGCAUGUGUGCUGUUGCUAGUUUGCGCCGUCGGGUCGCGAUGGAGCGACGAUCACCGGGUGUUUCUCGAGCAAGACGAGCCACUCCAACACUCGGCUGGAUGGAAAUAUUUCGAACAGGUGCAGUUUUUGAGAAGGUCGCUGCUGACGCCUCCCAAGCUCUUCGAUCUACAAAUCAUGGCGCUCGCUGUCAUGUUCCUCCAAGGGACAAGCGCCCCACACUCUGCGUGGACGGUUGCCGGUAUUGGAAUUCGUAUUGCCCAAGACGUCGGCGCGCAUCGCAGAAAAGUGUAUCGUGGAGGCCAAGGCUCAAUUGAGGACGAACUCUGGAAGAGGGCAUUUUGGAUAUUAGUCGUUCAUGACCGAGUCACAAGUUCGGCAUUGGGGAGACCUUGCGCCAUCCAGGACGAAGAUUCGGACGUGGGAUUCCCGGUAGAGGUUGACGAUGAGUACUGGCCGCAUGUCCAAACCGACCCGACAUUUGUACCUGCACAACCGGCUGGAGUGCCUCCUCGCGUAGCAUUCUUUAACUGUUACCUAAAGCUAAUUCAAAUCCUCGGCUUUGCUCUGCGAACGAUUUACUCGAUCAACAAAUCCAAGAUCUUGCUCGGAUUUGUUGGACCGCAGUGGGAACAGCACAUUGUCGCAGAACUCGACUCGGCGCUGAACAAGUGGAUUGAUUCAGUCCCAGACCAUCUCGGCGACUUUAUACUCGACAUACUAUCACGUACAGAUAUUGAUCCAUCGGCCGUUUAUCCCUUCCCCUCGGAAGCCAUCACCAUUAUCUUUCCCUUCGCUAGCGAUUUCGCUCGAAGCUGUAGCCAUGUUCUGGACCUCCAGCGCCGCAGGAGCCAAACGAUCCUGCCUGGUGUCAUGGUCGCGGCCUUUACAUCCGGCAUCGUGCUCCUCAUCAACGUAUGGGGACAAAAGAAAUCGGGAGGCACAGCGGAUCCAAACGGACAGAUCAAGGAUGUGCACAAGUGCAUGGAUGUCUUGAAGAACAACGAGCACCGAUGGCAUUCGGCCGGACGCCUAUGCUUUAUGCAUCGUGCCAGGAAUUCCUCGGGAUAUAUUAUACGAGCUCGCGUCGUUUGGAGAUUUGCCUCUUCCUCAGCCGAGCCCGAAAGAAAGCAACAAGCGCGAGCGCGAGGCGAGAGUACUACGUCGCCGAGCGUCGGACACACUUCUUCCGCGUCAGAGCAUACACCUUCACCCGGUGGGAGCGCCAGCACCGGCUAUCACUCCCGAGACCGUCCAAUUGCCAAACCUCGGUCGGUACUCAACAAGGCAUCUCAGCAGCAGCAGCAACAGCAUCAACUUUCUCAACAACAACAACAGCAACAACAACACUAUGCCCAACAGCCCACUUCCUACACCCAACAAACGCUCCCUACGCCACCCACAUUCGGAGUCGCGAACCUCCCCGUCAACACCGCCGAACUAGGAAGUAUGCACCACCUCCCGCCCGAUUUCAUGUACGAGCAGCAAAACAACCCGCUGCACGGGAUCUGGAACGAACAGUCCCACGAUCCGCUCGUCUCGCUGUUUGGGACCGCGGGACCAGCGCAGGGGCAAGGGUACGCUGCUGGUGCCGAAGCGUCUGCCGGGGUGGGGUACUAUGCUGCGCCCCAGCAGUCGCAGCAGGUACAGCAGCCGCAGACUAGGCAAGGGUACCCAGCAGCGGCGGCGGGAGGAUAUAUGGGCGAACAACAGCAUUCUGGGUUCGUGCCCGGUAUGGCUGCUCAACCAUACGUCGGGGGUGCGCUUGAUAUGUGGCAACAGGCGCCUGGUGGAUUCGAGAUGGACGAUUGGGGCGCGAUGCUUAGCCAGGAUAUGCUGGCCGCUGGACAACCAAUGGAUCCGCGCGUGGCAUCUCCGCAUGGCCCACACGGGCAACACGGUAUGCCUCCAGGGGCGAGCCAGAUGUAG